AUUUUAUAAUUACUGUUGUUAUGUGCUUUUCCUGUUUAGAGUAAUGGAGUCUUCCCAAGUUCUUGGAGAUUCAGAUCAGAAAUGUAGUGACAGUGAGUCUGGUUGGACAAUGUACAUUGGCUCCCAAAUCUGCAAAGAAAACUAUGGAGAAGCUGAUGAUGAUGGUGAUGAAAAGGACAAUGAGAACAAACCUAUUAGCCAUGAAGGCGGCAGCUGCGGCGGUGAUGAGAGCGAUGAUUCCAUGGCUUCAGAUGCCUCUUCUGGUCCAAUUCUCCAUCAGCUGACACCAGAUGGAAUUAAGCAAGGAACUGAAAUGUUUGGUCAUCUUGGAAACACAGUUGGCAAGUGUUUCUCAGCUAACAUCAAGCCGUGCAAACAGGAGAAGAAGAGAGAUGAAAGAAGGAUCAAGCAGGAAGUUCCAAAGGCAGACAGUGCUGAGAGCCAAGUCUAA